AUAAAUACACAAUACAGCAACUUGAAUUAUUUCAAGUGUAGUUCUGUAUUUGAAAUACAUAGCCUUAUUUUUUAUGCUAAUCCCUUUUCUUAUUCAGAUGUUAAGCAAGGAUUAUAAACUUCAGCCAUGGAAAAUAUUCAACAAAAUGUUCCUGUGGUACGGCAAAUGCACCAAGUUACACUUAAUGAAAGUGAACUCCACUCUUGCAAGGAUAACCAUGCGGGAGUUCCUGAUCAUUUGAGCAAUGAUCCUUUAGCCAUUGAUGAGGAUAUGUCUGAAAUUGAUGGUAAUCAAGAUGCACAAGUCAUGGCUCAUCAGGCAAAUUUGCUUGAUAACACAACGGGAGUCAUGGGAGGAGACAAGAAUCUCAAACUUGAUAGUUUUUCCAGUCAACAGUCUGCUCAUGAUCUUCAGCUUGGAGGUAUUGGUAAUGGUGGAGGAUCAUUGCCAAUUGAUACCCAAAAUUAUUAUGAGAGCCUUCACUCAACGCCAAUAAUGGUAUAUGGAGUUCCUGCAGGUAGUAUCGUUCCAUUUGAUUCUCUUGUAUCAGUACCUUUGAACAAGGGACUGGGAGAAAAGCAAGCUGAGGAUGAACUUCUACAGUCACCUGUAACUGAGAAUGUAUAUGCUCAUUCAGCACAAGAUAUGUCACAGUCUUUAUAUGUAUUGCACCAGCCACAGAAAAAAGGGACAGGUACUGGUACGAUGGUUAUGGAUCAAAUCAAUGCCAGUGAUGUUGUCAGUCCAAAUAUUGUCCUUGAGAGCAGGGAUGGUAAUAGUUUUUCCAAAGUCAGUAAUCAUUCUAAUAUGGUACCAAGUGGUGCAGAGUUUAGCCUUAUAUCUACCUCUUGUUAUGACAACUCAGUGACAACAGUAGCAAAUAUAGCUGGUCUCUCAAUGUCUGCUGUAUAUCACUCACCCACAGAAACUGAUAGUGAAGUCGCAUUAACCUUAGCUAGCCUUGGUAACCCAAAAAUAGAUAAGAUGAAUACUUUAGCAAAGGAAUGUAACCAGAAUCACAACCCAGAACAGUCAGAUGUUAAGGCAUGCUCAGUUAUAUCUAGUGUAGCAGAUCAUCAUCAGUUUGAAAAUCUUAACCACCAAACAAAUAAUGCGCAUGAGAAGGAAAUUGAAGAGAAGAAGCAAAAGCCAACGCUUGUUUUAAGAAGUAGGAGAAGUCGUGGUACAAUGCUUAAUCAGCAUCAUGACUUGCCAGUAAAUGAUGUCAAGAAAGUAAGUAAAAGGAGACGAAAAAAAGAAACAAAAAGUACGUCUUACUUAAAGGUUGAAGAGAGUGACAGCUUUUUUAUGCCAAGUGCUGUGAUGCCUGAAAAGAGUUUAACUGAGCCUGGGAUAGCUGAGCAGAAUGAAUCGCAGAAAGAAAAUCUUCUUGGCCAGCUCUUGAAAGCUUCAGAACACUGUGAACCAGCAACUUUAAUACCUGAAGGCGUUGUUGAUGAUGUCAUACCGGCUGUAGGAUAUAGGAUAAUGGAUAUGACAAACCUAAGUGAAAUGAUAAGGAUGAUGCAUAAAUGCCAAGGAUCUAUGGGUGCUAUUGUGAUUCAAGAACAAGCCUCUUUAAGAGAAGGGGCUGUUUCUCAGCUGAGUGUUAUUUGCACUGGUUGCCAGGAAGGAGCAGUAUGUGCUACUAGUACCAGAAUGUCUGCAACAGGCCCCUGGGACAUUAAUGCUAGGGUUGAGCAACUUACCUCCGAGUUCAAUAUCAAAGAGGAUCAAUUGCAGCGAAUGUUAGAGAUUCUUGGUAUAUUUUAUCGCCCGUGCAUUCCAACGUUCCAGCCUGUACCACCUCCAGUGGAAAUGGAACCACCUCCUACCCCAGUUUUUAAAAAGAAACGAAGGAAGAAGGCUGAAACUGACAGUGUUGGGAAACCAAAGAACCUGGUCUGCACUGUAUGUAAAGAAAGAUUUGCAGGGGAAAAUCAUCUCAAGAAACACAUGCAUAGCCAUGACCUUUUGCUACACACCUGCCCAUAUUGUCAUGCAUACUUCAAGAAACCCUUUAAUUUAAGGCAGCAUAUUAGAAAACAUGAAAAUUACAAGUAUGAAUGCAACCACUGUCAACGGUCAUUUACUGAUAAGUCAACUUUGCUUUGUCAUAUAAGAUCUCAGCAUGAGAAAAGGUUUGACAUUGAGUGUGAGAUAUGUUUGAAAAGAUUUUAUCACCGGGCACAUUACAACGAGCACAUGCGACUCCAUACAGGUGAAAAGCCUUACAUGUGUGAACUAUGUGGAAAGAAGUUUUCUUGGCACGACAGUGUGAAGAAGCAUAUGCAAACUCACAGUGCGGAAUCAAAGUACAAGUGUCGUCUAUGUGGAAAAUGGUUCAGGUGGCUUCAGGGAGUUCGUCAACAUUUACAGCAGCAGCAUAAGCUAAAAAAAUGUGAUGUUGAAGCUCAGGUUGUAACAGCAGCAACAGAAACAACAACUGGAGUACCUCAGUUCCACCACCAACCUCACCCACCACCACCACCACCACCACAGAUGCCUACACAACAGGUAGCACUUCAUCCUCCUACAGAGACCUUAAACCAGCCAUCUCAAGUAUUACAACACACAAACCCUCAGGAGGAUAAUCCACCAAACCGAGAAUAUCACACUUUGGAAGCAGCUGCACCAAAUGAAGUUAAUGCCCCUCAACAGACACUGAAUAUAUUUCAUGUUACUGAAGUGGAAGGGCACCAGCAAGGCAUAUUUCAGUACAGUUAGGAGUGUAUAUUUGUUAAAGAGCUAGGAAUUCAACUAAUCUAUGUGCCAUGGUAUUCUAGAUUUUUUCUUUCAAACAGCUCUACUAAAGCUUUUAUAUUAUAUAAUGCUAUUUCUGUGAGCACAUUUUUGUCAUUAGAAUGUAAUACAUUCAUAUACUAUAUAACUGUAUACUUCACUGGACAUGGUACUCCCCAUAAUGUUGAUUUAUGAAUUAGUUUGUGUAUCAUACAUUCUUUUAAUUCUUGAAACAAAACUGACAGGCAUUCACAUAAUUUAUAAUCUUUACAUUAUUUAUGCUGUGGAUAUGAGGUGAGUAACAGGCAGCAUCUGGGUACUAUCUGAUUUAAUAUCACAAAUCUCUGACGAGACAUGGACUUCCAUGAACAGAAAAGUAGCAUCUAACAUCAAAGCAAGACAUGCAUAAAUGGAAAGUUCUCAAGUGCAUAUGCUUUGAAAGCUUGAAGCAUCUUAAAUUUACAGAUGGUUUUAGUUUUACACAUGUUUUACAGAUGGUUUUGGUUUUACAAGUGUGAUUACGUACUGUAGGUCCUGAAGAUAAUGAAAAUCAAUGCUUCAACCCUUCAUCUUUGAUUUGUGUUUUCCUGGGGAAACUUGAUGUUCUGCAGUAGGUCAAGUUUGUAGUUUUGUUCAUGGAGAUGGAUGUCGUCUGGGAUUAAAAAUGGUUUCAGCCUGUCUAUCGAGAGUUGCGUAAUAGUUCUCUCCACUGACAUCUGAUAGCACUUGUCUCUACGCUGCAGGAUUCGGUGAGGUCCAGAGUAGAUGGAGGAAGGGGGGUGGCUGAUGUGCAUCAGUUCUGAUAAAUGCAUACAAUUUUGUUCAGUCCAGUUCCUUGGGAUGUAUGCUUUUCUGGCUGCAUCAUAUGUUUUUUUUCUGGCAUGAUUUGUUUUAAUGCUCUACAGACAUUGAAGGGGUUGGUUGGCCCUGCUGGGUUUUGGGAAACGUCUGCUGAUAUUGCUAGCGACUGUCCGUAGAGGCAUCCACUGGUGAUGCAUUAAAUGCAGCUUGUGUGGCUGGUCUCAGACCUAAUAAAAUCCAUGGCAACUUUUCUCCACAUAAAUCCAUGGCAACUUUUCUCCACAUUUGGCGCUCUAUCAUACCAUUUGCUUCUGGGGUGUAUUUUUGUCCCGAGGCUGACGGUGAGGGAGUUCCAUAGGGCAGACAUGAAAUUAGCCUCUAUCGCUGGUGAUGUACCGAGGGACUCUGUGGCAAUUGACCUAAGCACAACUUACAGCUGUCUGCCUUUUGACAGUUAUUGCAUUAGGCAAUCUGGUAUUCCGGAGGUAUUGCAUUAGGCCAUCUGGUAUUCCAGUCGAUGAUUGUGAAGAGAUAUCUGUACCACUCGGAACGGGGUAGUGGUCCCACAGUGUUGACAUGAAUGUGGGUUAGGCUUCACUCCAUUGUAUUGAAUUGUCCUAUCCCUGACUGUAUGCCUCGUGACCUUAGAUGUUUAGCAGGGGAGACAUUCUUGAUGUCCAACUUCAUGGCCCACCAGAUGUACCGUUCUGACAGGAUACGGGCUGUGGAACGGCUGGACAGGCUUGACAGGUUAUGGACAAGACUGAAAGUCUUCCUCCUUAAGGCUGACGGUAAGUAUGUGCGAGGGGAUCUGGUACUAGUUUUGCAGGUGAUGGUCGUCUCUCUCUCGUCUAUGGUGAAAUCCCUUCAAGUGAGGGUGGGACUUUCCUGCUGAAGUUGCUUCAGUUCUACGUUAUCCUUCUGGGCUGCUGCGAUCUCAGGAGACGAUAUCCCGAUCUGGACAGCAUUGAUGGUACUUCUGCAAAGCUCAUCUGCAAUGUUGUUGGAAGAGCCCUUCAGGUACCUGAUUGUGCAGGAGAACUCAGAUAUUGCAGACAGAUGAUGCUGCUGCCGCCCCAACCAACAAUUUCUGUUUUUGGUGAAGGUGUGGACCAAGAGUUGAUGGUCCAUUUGCACCACGAACUGCUGUCCCUUGAGUAUGUGUUGGAAAUGCUGAAUAGUGCAGUGAAUGGCAAACAACUCUGUUUAACGUGGAGUAUUUCUGUUCUGCUGGAGAUGGCUUUUUGCUAAAGAAAGCCAACAGCUGACAACCUUCGUCUGUAUCCUACUUGAGUACUGCGCCCAUCGCAGUGUUACUUGCAUCAAUUGUCAGAGUUAAAGACCUAUGGGAUAGAGGAAACAUUAGCGUUACUGUGGAACUCAAGAGCUUUUUUGGCUAAUUGGAAAGCUGUCUUUUGUUUGUCAGAUCAACAUAAAGAUUUUGGUUUUCCCUUUAAGCAUUCAUAAAAGGGGGACAUGAUUUCAGCUAGAAUGGUUAUGAAUUGGUGGUAAUAGUAGAUCAUGCCAGCAAAUUCUUGGAUUGCUUUGAUGGCGUUUAGCCUUGAGAAAUCGGUGGUAGCUUGGACCUUUGUUGGGAGGGGUUUGACUCCUCCUGAAUAUCAGGAUAUCAUCGACAAGAAUGAUGCAGCAGGACAAUUUUCCCAGUAUCUCAUCCAUGAGGCAUUGGAAGAUCGCACAAACAUUUUGAAGGCCGAAAUAGCUGUAGUUGAAGGUGCAUGUCGGGAAGAGGGUUAUGAUAGCUAAUUUUUUUACAAAGGACUUGGUAGUACCCCCUCAGCAGGUAAAUUUUUGUGAAUACUUUGAAGCCUUCUAGUUGGUUUGUUAUGUCGUUGAUGUUAGGCAGGGGUUAUCGGUUUUGUUUUGUUUUGAUUUUGACAUCAAGUUGUCGGCAGUCGCUGCAUUACUGCCAUAUACCGUCUGUUUAGGUACCAUGUGGAGAAGGAAUGCCCACAAACUGGCAGAUUCCUGCCUAUUCCAUGUCAUGGAAUAUGUACUCGCUUGGUAUAUGCUAGUUUGUCUGGGGCCAAAUGUCCGAAGUGUGCAUGGACUGGGGGUGCCCACCGUUUUGCUGGGCUCUCUAGGCUAUGCUGGAGGACAUCUUUGAAUACUUCUGGAAAUUCCUGAAGGACCCAACAGAGCUCUGGUCCUGAUGUGGGGUUUGCUGUUGUUCUUGGAGUGAUGGGUGCUAUAAGGCUGUCUCUCUGAAUCAGUCAUUGUCUUGCUACGUUUACCACCAUGUCAUGGGCUUUCAGGAAAUCUGCUCCUAGUUGUGCAAUUGGUUUUCUGUUGAAUGAUUAUUUCACAGUUCUUUUUCCAUACGUUUCAAGUGGGGCGCUGCUGGCAGCAGACACUUAUAAGAGUGCUGGGGUUGGGGUUGAAGGCGUUCAUGCUGGUCGGAUGAAACGAACAACUUGCGUGCGCUUGAGUUGACGAGGAAUUGUGUGUUGGACAUAUUAUCUGUGACGUAAAAGCAUGUGGUGUUUUUUCGCUUGUACCUGGAAGAAAGACAGCGAAAGGUAGACUUGUUCCCUGUUAUGAGGCAACCAAUCUGCCUGUCGCUGGCAGUUAGUGAUAGCAGGUAGCCGGUCUUGCAUUUUUGGGCCUCACUCCCGACUCUCCAGUAGAAGAAACAUAGGCCCUUCAGAUGUUCCUUUUUGGUCCUAUAUUUAUGUUUGUUUUCCUUCCUAUAUUUUCAGAAGCAGUAUAUGGGAGUGGUGGGGCCCUCUGGCUCACUGUCCAGUUCUGUGUCGCUUUAAUGCCGUGGUUGUGGGUUGGCUGCUGCUACGCAGGUGGUUGGGUGGGUUGUGACGAUGUCUGGGCCACAUGAACCAAGUCUACCAUUCAUAAGAAUUUGUCGAGGGGCAUGGUGGAUGCAUUGGGUAUCGCGGCAACUGUUUGGCAUGGCAACUUUGUCAGGAGGACCUCUCAUGCAAGGUCUAGUGUUAUUUCUGGUCAACUGUUUGUGCUGGGGAUCAUUACAGACAAAGUAGUUGUUAGUAGAUGUGAUGGACGUUGGUCUCCUAUUGCUGAUUCUAUGUUGUCUAGGAAUUUCGUAGCUCUGAUAAAGGCAGAGGGCAUGCUGAAGGAUGACCUCAGUUAUGUUGUCAACAUCUCGUACAAGAUGGUGGUCUGUGGCUUGGCUAGUCACUUUGCAAUUUGUUUGAAGAUGGUGUCUGACAGGAGCUCAAGGACGGCAUCGUCUUUGUGUGAUGACUGUGAUAUUCAUGGAUCUGAAGAUGGCCUUCGUCCUGAAGAACCAGGCCGCUGGGUUGUGCGUUGUAAAUGGGGGCAGGUGGAGGAUCUAGCUGUGGCGUUGUCGUUGGUUGGGCCGUUGGUGUCUGUCAUCUCGGUGGUAACCAGUAUGGAGACAAGGUGAGUAAAAGGCAUUGUCUGGGUACUUUCCGAGUUAAUGUCACAAACCUGACAAGACAUGGACUUCUGCGAAUGUAAAGGUAGCAUCUACUAUCAGAGCAACCUGGAAAAGAGUUAACAGUUCUUUGUACAUCGUACAAAAUAAGGAAAGUUUUCCAUUACAUAUGGUUCGAAAGCUCAAAGUGUUUUGACAUGAAAAUCACUGCUUCAGCCUUCUUUAUGUUUUCUGGGGAAACUAUGUUCUGCAGUAGGUCAAGUUUGUUGUUUUGUACUGCAGAUGCCAAAGGGCCCAAGCAGGCCCCUACAAUACUGUAGAGUAUAUUGGUGGUAUUAACAUCCAAUAAGCAACCUUAGAUAUUGAUUUUGUGUAUGGUCACUCAGACAAAUUUACUUCAUCAAAGGCAUUGCUACAAACUUUGUUCUAGUAACACUUAUUACUCUUAUAUAUGAAUGCAAAAUAUUAUUGUAUUCAAUUAUUUAUGAUAUAGCAUAUUUUUUAUUUGUAAUUUUCUCAUUGAAUGUCACAGAAUUUGUCACUUACUUACCCUGGAUAUCCUGAUUGUCAUCAUGUACAAGGUGUAUCUUCAUUAGCAAUAAAAUGACAUUUUUACAAUAAAAUGAGGUUUUAGUUAUACUUACCUAGUAAUUAUACAGCUAAGAGUUUCACUUGCCAGGCAAGUAAAAUUCUGAAAUUCGUGGGUCUCACCAAUUUUUUGUUUUGUUUUGGGUAGGUAACACUGCCCCACCCACUUACGGGAAAGAAAUGGAGUGUGGGCUCCAAUUAUAUAAUUACUGGUAAGUAUAAGUAAAACCUUAUUUAAUUUUAUUUAAAGAUGUAAUUUUUAAUUAUGUAACUUACCCAGUAAUUAUAUAGCUGACUGCCACAUUGAGGGAAGGUAGGAAGCAUGAAUAUUCUACCUCAAAAUUUUAUAAAUAUAAAUAGUACGUAGAUCGAGAACAGAAAGCUUUGCCAACAUUAAAGGUUUGUUGAUUACUUACCUAAUAAGAGAGUUGAUGCAGGAAAAACUGCCUCUGGUUGCCACUCAUCAUGCAAGGCAAAGACGUGGUGUUAAAGCCAUGCAGCGCCUAUUACUUUAGUGGGACCUUUGUAGCGAAGGACCAUUUUUGAUGGCUAACACAGGAUAAAAAUUGCUCCUACCCAGUGCUCUGUACCAACAAUUCACCAGAAAAUACUGUUACCUAUAUCCAAAACAUUUAAAAACCACCACCCUACCAAAGGACUGGAGGGUAUUCCAGGUACUUCUUGCCUCCAGGUACUUCUUGCCUCCAGGUUCCCCCCAAAAAAUCACACCUUAUACCAAGGAGAAUAAGAAUUUAGAAAGGGUUGCUUCCCACAUGUUCUUUCCCAACACCACACCAGCUGCAAGAAACAGACCCAGGGUACUGCAGUCCUCAUACACUGUCAGUAUCAUGAAGAUGAUCUUUCCACCGUUAUCCCUACAUUAAGGGGUCAGUUGCCUGAUGCGUGCCUCCACUGCCUUCUAUCUAAGGCAUUAUCCUCCACCAAACCUUUUCUCUCCAUAUCUUCCUUCACUUUAUCUUGCCAUCUAAUUCUCUGUCUUCCUCUUAAUCUUCUUCCUCUAACAGGUUCUUCCCAAGCCCUCUUCACUCCCUCGUCAUCCAUCCUUAGCACAUGCCCGUAAAAUCUCAAUUGUGAAUUGUGACUCUUAUCACCUCUGAAAUUUUUUACUAAGCCUGCUCUUCUUAUUUCAUAAUUUUCCAAUCUCUCAAGCAGCAAUAUUCCCAUAAUCCACCUCAGGAUUCUCAUCUCUGUUCUCUCAAGCUUUACUUCCUCUUUUCCUCUUAGAGCCUAUGUUUCCAAUCUAUACAUUAACACUGGUCUUAUCAUUGUGCUAAAUAUCUUGAUUUUUAGCUGAAUUGGCAUUUUCUUAUCACAAACUACUUCAGCUACAUCUCUCCACCUCCUCAAUGCUGCUUUUAUCCUACUGUCAACUUCAGCCUCGCAUCCCCCCUCUUGGCUUAAAUUGGAUCCUAGGUAUUUAAAUUUGUUCAUAUACGGAACAAACCUUUGGUCUUAACAUUAGGAUUUACUAGCACCAAGCUGGAAACCGGUAGAAUUAAAAUUACACUUGUGAGAUCCAGGGACUAUUGGCAUCUAUACCAGGUCACGGGGCAUGUAUACCCAGAAUGCCCUCGGCGUCCUGUGACCCAUCAGUUAUUUUCCUACCGCCUUUAAGAUAAGACGUGUUUACUGUCUAUCUGAUUUAAAGCCGGUUUUCAGUUUGCCCAUUUUUUAUCCAUUUCAUUUUUCAUUUUCUAAUUACUUUUUCUUUCUCCGAGUGUGCUCAGUGUGAGUGUGAUCGGUAAGAGUGUAUAAGUGGUAUGAUGGAGAUUUUCGCCUCAACAUCGGGAUCGUCUACCGUUUCGAAGAGGAGACAAAGGAAAUGCCACAGAGUCAGUGGCUUUCCAUGUUCUAGAUUUCUAACUUCGGUGUCGGCGGAUCCUCAUCCAACGUGUAGUAGGUGCAGGGAAAAUGUAUGUACGAUUACUAAUCCAUGUUCUGUUUGUCGGGGUUGGUCAGUGGAACAGUGGAAAAAGUUCUAUGAGAAAGGCCAAUACAAAAGGAAGGUGGUGACGCCAUCUUUGGAUGACCAAUAAACCAGACUGCUCCAUAUGUUUCUCUACCUGCUUUUGAUUUGUCCCAUACCCCUUCGGUUUCUCCUAGCGAUUCAUUAUCGGAAACGUCAGGAGGGGUUUUGGGUAAUUUUAUGCAUAAUAUGCACGCUCCUUUGUUCCUAGCAGGUAGAGGGGGAGCAUCGCCAUCUUUGUUCCAGACGCCGGCUCCCGAAGCGCAUAGGUUGGACGGUACGUGGUCAGCGCUAGGCCUACCAGGCGUACCAACCUUGGAUGGUUUGCUUGCGCAUUAUAUGGCGUUACGGUUCCAGCAGGGUCCGGCAGCGCUGAAUGUUCCUCAUCCCCCUGGCUUGCAAUUUAUGGGAAAUAAUGUCGCGGCUACGCCAUCAAAUUCAAUGUUUACAGUGAUGCAGAAUGUGGGAGGUAGUUUGGCAGCAAACGUGCGGUUGCCAGCAGAAGCCGCACAGUCUCUCCCUACGAGAUUGGUAACGUCACAACAUUCGUCACACACCGAUAUGGCAGGUGCGAUGACGUCACAGAAUGCUUCUCGGCCUAUUUCGCUGCACCCAGACUCAAAUACGCCUUCUGACUUGGCAAUACAAACUGUAAUGCAGAAAUUACAGGAUAUAGAGAAGAGAGUGGAUAAGAGAGACAAAAAGAAAAGGUGUGAUUCGCCUUCUUCGUCUUCUUCCUCUAGUUCGGCGUCAUCACUAAGUCCAAUGACGUAACGGCGAGCACGAGUCAAGCGUUGGAGGAUUCGGGAUUUCGCGACUGAUCCUCUGACUAAGAGGAGAAGAGUGAAUUCUUCUUAUCUUCAGACCAGGACUGUUGUAUCCCAGUCAGCAGGAAGGUCGGGACUCGGGAAGUCAGUGGCUGGUAAGCACAAAGCUAGCGGACGAAGCUGUUUGCAAGAGUCCGAACAAGCGAGAGAGGCGACGGCCGACGGACUAGCGGCCGACGCAGAGUUGCCAGUUCGGAUUACAAAGACUACGAUACUGCUGGUAAAAUCGACGUUGGCGGCGAAGGGUGCAGCAGAGGGUAGAAUGCAGGUUCCAGUUUUGCCCGUAAGGCCAUUCAAAAUACGCACAAAGGAUGAUAAGGCUCCUAUUAAAAGUACGAAAAAUAGGGAGUUGGCAACCUCGUCGGAUACGUUCGUGGAAGGCAGUGUCCGUCUGGAUGAAAGGUCGAGGCCGAUUUCCCAGACGCUUGAAAACGAUACCAAUCCUAAUAGAGACGAAGUUAUAUCCGUUUCAAGGGAGCCUUCAUCUUGGAGAUCUAGACGAGAUUCUCGCUCUAGAUCCAUGAGCAGAGAAAGUGUGAGGCGUUCUCGUUCCCCUUCUGACUAUUCGGGAUCGAGCCAAUGGCGGCCAUCAAAGAUCAAAGAGACCGCGGCCGUAGGGGCAGGCGGCCGUGGAAUUCCUGGCCGUUUGUCCGAAGAUAGGGGUGAGACAACAUCCCCUGUGAUAGGGGUGAGACAACAUCCCCUGUGAUAGGGGUGAGACAACAUCCCCUGUGAGGGAGAAGAGUACAUUAGAGCUGGAGGAAGGAGAAAACCAAGAGCUUCUGGCCUCGUAUGCAGAGGUGAUUGAUUUGAUUCGUCAAUUCAAUAACCUUUCGGAGAAGACAGAAACACCUGGCAGUAUGCUUCCUCCAGGAAUCGACAUGGUAUUUGGAUUAAAAAGGGAUACCAAGGUGUCGUAUGAAUUGCCUUGUUCGAGUCAUGCGGAUUCUGACUUACAACACAUAAACGCAAAGAUUACAGGAAGGGAUAAUUCCUUAAGAUCUAAUAGAUCAUUUAAAUUUAUUCCUCCUCCAAUGAUAAAGCAAAGGAAAUAUUAUACGACACCGAAGGUCCCUUUGCUGUCUAGACAAGUGAACCCUAAUGUUGUAAGAUUAAGGCCUGGAUUAAUCUUGGAUCAGGUUAAAAUGGAGUGCCCUUCGAUGACGUACCAAGAGGCUGCUACGUUAGAAGCAACAGCUUCUUCUGUCUUUCAGACUGCUUCUUGGUUAGACCUUUGGUCAACAGCAGUGGCGAAGAUUGCAUCCUCGGAAGUGACAAGAAAGGUAGUGGAUGAAUCAUUGUUCAUUAGAUUGCUACAAUCAGGUUCCAAAGCGAUUGCCAAUGUUUGGGCAAAUAUCCUGCUAAUGAGGAGAGAUGCAGCGUUGGCUAGACUAAGCCGCACUGUGGAUUUGGAUUCCCUGUUAGCGAUGAGGAAUGGGGAUAUCUUGGAGUUGCAACUGCUGUUGCCAGAGGUCAUACUGGAAGAGGCGAUAGAUAGAAGAAGGAUGGACACUAACGAUAGGUUGGUGCAGCAGGCAGUUAGGAAAACAUCUAACAUUCAAGCUACUUCUUUGGAGGUGAGGCAACAGCAAAUAUCUCUGAAGAAGACAGUGAGACAUAACAUCCCUAAUAGAGCCACAAGACCCUCUUCCCCAAAGAGGCUAACUCAUCGGCCCUUUCACAAUAGAAACAACAGAGGAAGGGGGAGUAGGGGAAGAGGGAGAGGCUCAAGAAGAUAGGAUGGGCGCCUCUCAUCCCUCGGCCACACUAGUGGGGGGUUGCCUGGCAAAUCACUGGAAGGUGUGGCAGGAACUGGGGCAGAGCAGUGGGUGGUUGAUAUUCUCAGGGUCGGGUAUUUGAUUCCGUUUGAGGUAACCCCGCCCCUGACAGAACAGCCAUUACCCCACUUCACUUAUGCUCAGGAAUCUCAAAAGGCCAUUAUUCUGCAAGACGAAGUGAAGAAGAUGACGGAAAAAGGAGCUGUGGAACAAGUAUGCAGUCCGUCGAAAGGCUUCUACAGCAGGAUUUUCCUGGUACCCAAAGCCAACGGGGAGUGGAGGACAGUAAUAGACCUGUCAACUUUGAAUCUGUUUAUAAGGAAAACCAGUUUCAAAAUGGAAACUCCAAAAACGGUUCUACAAGCAGUCAGGAUCGGGGACUUUAUGCUGACAGUCGAUCUGAAGGACGCAUACUUUCAGAUACCAGUCCAUCAGUCUUCAAGGAAAUUUCUCCGCUUCGGUCUUGCAGGGAAAGCUUUCGAAUUCAAGGUCUUGUGCUUCGGAUUGACAACGUCUCCUCAAGUUUUUACAAGAGUGUUCACUCUCGUGUCGACGUGGGCGCAUGCUCAGGGGAUCAGGCUAAUGAGAUAUCUGGAUGAUUGGCUAGUGAUAGCGAAGUCCAGAGAGAAAUUACUCAGGGACAGGGCGACCCUCCUGCAGUUUUGUCACAGCCUAGGUAUUGUGAUAAAUCAGGAGAAGUCGCAGUCGGAUCCAAGUCAACAUUUGGAGUAUCUGGAAAUGGUUAUAGACACAACAGAAGCCAAAGUAUUCCCGACAGACCAAAGAAUAGAGAAAUGCAAACAAGUGGUGAAUGCCUUUCUGGGAAAACAAACACAGCCAGCAAGGCAGUGGCAGGUAGUACUGGGAAUCCUAACUUCCCUGGAAAAGCUAGUACCACAAGGAAGUCUACACCUUCGGUCUCUACAAUGGAGGAUGAAGGAGUUCUGGUCACCAAUAGUAGAUCACCCGUACGAGCAAAUUCCCUUGUCGGCAGAAGUGAGGAAAGACUUGCUGUGGUGGGUGAACGACGACAAUCUGACAGUGGGUGUCCCCCUUCAACAAUCCUCCCCGGACCUCUUGCUGUUCUCAGAUGCAUCACUAGAAGGCUGGGGAGCCCAUAUGGAGGAGUUGAUGGUGUCAGCAAAAUGGAGCUGCAAGGACAGAGAACUCCAUAUAAAUGUGCUGGAGUUAAAAGCAGCAUUUCUAGCUCUACAGGAAUUCAGUGAGAGUUUAAAGGGACAUUCAGUGGUAUUGAUGUCAGACAACACCACAGUAGUAGCUUAUAUAAACAAAUAAGGAGGCCUAGUUUCUCAGCAGUUAUAUGUGAUGACAGUUCAACUUCAUCAGUGGGCUGUAGAGAACCUGGUAGACAUCAGGGCCAGGUAUAUUCCGGGAAAAAGAAACAUAGUGGCCGACAAGUUGAGCCGCAGGGAUCAGAUUCUGGUAACGGAGUGGUCCUUGCACCAACAGGUAGUGGACAGGAUGCUCAUGUUGUGGGAAGGGCCGAUCAUAGACCUAUUCGCAACCAGGUACAACAAAAAGUUGGAAGUGUAUUGUUCGGUAGUCCCAGACGCAGAGGCAGUAACAGAAGAUGCGCUACAACACCCUUGGGACAAUCUGGACUUGUACGCAUUUCCUCCAUUUUGUCUAAUACGUCAGGUUCUGAACAAGGUAAUGCGGUCUCAGAACCUCAAGAUGAGCCUGGUAGCUCCGUUAUGGCCGAAGGCAGAGUGGUUUCCAGACCUACUGGAACUCCUAAUAGACGUGCCGAGAGUGUUACCCCCCAUGGAGCAACCUGCUGUGUUAGCCGCACAUGGAGAGGUACCACCAGUCGGUGAAGUCCCUAUCGCUUCACCGGUGGAGACUGUCAAGUAUCUCCUCCGAGCGAGAGGGUUUUCGCAGAAAGCAGCGACUCAGAUGGCAGGAAAUAUCAGAAAAUCAUCUGCGCCAGUAUACCAAGGAAAGUGGUCAGCAUAGUGUGAUUGGUGUCGUAGAGGGAACUUGUCUCCACUCGGUACCACUAUUCAGCAGUUAGCAGACUUUCUGGUAUAUAUCUCAGAACAGAAAAGCAUAUUUCUGUAUCUGCAGUGAAGGGGUACAGGGCUGCUCUAGCCUUAGUGUUAUGAAUGAAAGGGGUGGACAUUUCGUCUUCAUGGGAGUUGGCCAUGCUGAUGAGGAGCUUUGAACAGCCAUGUCCACCAACGGAACUAAAAGCCCCAGAUUGGGAUCUGACCAUGGUACUAAGUAGUCUGACAAAACCCCCCUACAAACCACUAAGGCAGUCCACAGAUAGGAGCUUGACCCUGAAGAGUCUUCUUAUUGGUCCUGGCUUCAACCAAAAGGGUGGGUGAGCUACAUGGCCUGUCAUAUCUCAUAAAGCACUCGAGAGGUUGGAGGUCAAUGGUAUUUGAGUUUGUUCCUGAAUUCGUGGGCCAAGACCCAAAACCCAACAAUAGUGGACGGCAGAUUCGACUCCUUUGCCAUACCUUCCUUGGCAGACUUUGUAGACAAUGACAAAGAUGAGAUGCUUCUGUGCCCCGUCAGGGCACUAAGGGAGUACUUAAGAAGAACAAGGCACCUCAGGCCGGGGUGCUGGAGGUUGUCCGUAAGUACAGGAUGGAACAAGAAGGAAGUGUCCAGGAAUACAAUAUCGUUUUGGCUAAGGGGGACGAUCAGAAUUGCUUACAUGACAGAAGACCUGGGGUCAAAUAGCCAGAUGGGAGCUAGAGCUCAUGACAUUAGGGGCUUGAGUGCUUCUUUGGCAUUUAAGAAGAACAUGUCUGUGGAGAGAAUUAUGAAAGCUGGUGUGAGGAAACGUCAAACAACUUUCACCUCAUUUUAUUUGAAAGAUGUUGCCCAUAGAUCCUUGGACACUUUUUCCUUGGGUCCAGUGGUGGCAGCCCAACAAGUGAUAUAGCUCAUCCAGUACCCCUAGCGGGUCAGUUUGCGUCUAGUUUAAGAUGAAGGUAUGAAAGUAGAAUGAAUGGGAUGACUGGUCUUUUUUCUUUACUACUUUCUUCCUAUUCCUUUAACUACGGGCAAUAUGAAGGAGGGUACCGUCAUAUGCUGGAACGGACUAGAUGCAGGUGAGGUGGUCAGCCAUACUGUGAAGCUAUCUUAGGUUAUGGUAUACUUUUCAGUAGCAACACACCCCUCUAGAUAAUAGGGAAGAGAGGGGUGAGGGUGGAUCCAGUUACAAGGGACAAGAGUAAACCAUAGAAUGGUAUCAACACCCAGUAAGGGAAACCAAUAGAUUCGCUUAUAUCUUUGGUUCUAGGUUCAUUGUCCAUUCUCUUAGAAUUUCCCUAAUGUAUUCAGAAAUGGAUAAGGUGGCAAACUCCCAGUCAGUUGUAGAGACUUACCUCCCUCCAAUAAGUAAGUCUAUCCUAAUGUUAAGACCGAAGGUUUGUUCCGUAUAUGAACAAAUACCAAAUUUGUAACUAAUUUGUAUUUUUCAUAACUAACAAACCUGAGGUCUUAACAGGUGAAGGCCCACCUCGAACCACCCCUCUAGCAGUCUAAACUGGGUUAGAAAUAUAACUGAUGGGUCACAGGACGCCGAGGGCAUUCUGGGUAUACAUGCCCCAUGACCUGGUAUAGAUGCCAAUAGUCCCUGGAUCUCACAAGUGUAAUUUUAAUUCUACCGGUUUCCAGCUUGGCGCUAGUAAAUCCUAAUGUUAAGACCUCAGGUUUGUCAGUUAUGAAAAAUACAAAUUAGUUACAAAUUUGGUAUCUUUCUGGCUGUUUUACCAUCGAGAGUCUUCUUUCUUGUAUGAUUAUUCUGUCUUUGUGUCUCUACUCCUCACCAAAACCUGUUUUAUUCACAUUCACCAUUAAGCCACUCUUCUCCAAAGACUUCUGUCACUCUCCACCCCUUCUCUGUAGGUCCUCCUCAUCUUCAGCAGUAAUCACCAAAUCAUCGGCGUACAACUCCACCCACAGCACUUCAUUCUUGAUCUUUUCACUCAGCACAUCCAUGACCAGCACAAACAAAAAUGGGCUUAAUGCUGACCCCUGGUGUAAUCCAACACUAACAUCAAAUUUUUCUUUCUCCAACUCAACAUCAUGAAGAUAAUGCGAAGCAAGCACUGAUUUGUAUUUCCAAAAUGUAGAAUUUAGAGUUGUUGGGGUGAAGAAGUUUCUUUUAAAGGCCAACAAAGUGGCUACUACUCUAAUAUCAGGAGCUUUAACCUUACACAGCGGAAAUACGUCAUCCUGAAGAGUGUGCUUCUUGGAAGACGUCUCUUAGGAAGAAUGCUGGAGCUUUCUUAGACAAAGGCCUGGAUGGGUUAAUACAGAGCACCAAAGACCACCUGAGUUGCCACGAAUGUUGUUUGUUCUGUGUAAGUAAUAGUUUAAGGACCUCAUUGGGCACAAGGUCCUUUCCACAUCAUCAUUUUCCAAGACUUCAGUUAAAUUUGUAAUUGAGAAAGAAUGAGGCCAUGGAUUAGCCAAAAAGCUAAGGGAAUAAGAGCAAAUUGCAUUCCCUUUAGAAAAGCCUACUUUUCUAUCCAAGGCAUAAACUGAGCUGAUCCUUUUGUCGAUGCUGAGGGUACUAGGAAGUGUUUUCCUAGUUAAGUCCUUCAGACGAAUUGCAUGCAUAGGCUCAAAAUGAGGUCCUGACAACCACUUUGAAACAGUACCCAAAUUCCAAGGCACCAUGGGGGAAUCUUUACACUUGGAGGUGUCAAAAGUCUUUACAAGGUCCGAGAUGUCUGAAUUGGAGGACAAGUCUAAUCCUCUGUGACGAAAAACUGAGGCCAACAAGGCUCUAUAUCCCUUUAUGGUAGAAGUUGAAAGGUUCUUAGCAGACCUCAAGUGGAGUAAUAAAUCAGCUAUUCUUUCUAAGGGGCAUCUUGAUAGUUUGAAUCCUGUCAGGGCCAGAGAAGACAGGCCUUGGUGGAAAAUAUGAUAUUUUUAUAAUAAAAUAAGGUUUCACAUAUACUUACCAAACAAUUACAAAGCUGUAAGCUUUCUUACCUGGCAGUUGAAAAUCCAAAUUUCCUGACAACGGCGAUGCAGCCAUCAUUCAUGUACGCGAUACAGGUUCCACCCACUUUCGGGAACCCCCGGUACUGCUGAGCUAACUACCAUCAACUUGUUGAGCCGCAACGUCCAUCUGUGGGGAGGAGGGAGGGCUCUGAUUAUGUAAUUGUUUAGUAAGUAUAAGUGAAACCCUAUUUUAUUUUAAAAAUAUCAUUUUCACAUAAGUGACUUAGCAAACAAUUACAAAGCUGAAUCCACGUUACCUGAAAGGUGGGUACAUGGACAGCUUAUGAAAAGACAGUGAUAAUGUGCUCACAUUGUAUCCAAUGUUUGCAGUACCUUACCUUGUGAGAGAGCAGCUGCAGGUGAAUACUGCUUCUGGUUGGCGCUCUCAUCACUUGUAGGAGACAUGGCACUAAUGGCCAGGAUCGUCCCUUACUAAUGGUGGGAUUUUGUAACCAAGGAGGUUCACUGAUGGUUAACAAAAUUUAAAAAUUUUGCCCUUGCCCUGGGCUAAGACCAAAUAAGCCACAGCACCAUCACCUACACUAAAAACAACCAUAACCAUAAAAAACUGGAGGGUACACCGGGUACAAUGUACCCCCAGGCUUCCCAACGACUCCACAGCCUUAAAAUCCAAGGCGAGGAGAUAGUAGAGGGAAGACAGGUCCCCCUAUGCUUCCUUUCCCGACACCAUGCCCACCACCGACAACGCUCCCAAUCUACAACAAUUUUUGAACACAGUCUCUACGUACUUCAAGUAAUGUGAUGCGAAAAUUGAUUUCAACCUCCAGAACGUCGAUUGCAGAAUGGAGGAUAGUGACAUGUUAUGUCUAAAAGCUAAUGAAGUCGCCACUACAUGAAUUUCGUGCGCCUUCACAAAAUAGCGUUCUUGGAGAGAGGACGGGAAGGGUCUCUCACUGAACACCAGAGUUGAUUCGAAUUGCCUCUCAACGUUUCCGUCUUAAUCAGGUAGUGUCUAAUAGCUCUGACAGGACAUAUGAAUGUUCCUUGUAUUCUGCUCCCACAAUGUCCGUCAAGUUCUUAAUUAUGAAAGAGCGAGGCCAAGGAUUCGAUGGAUACUCGUUCUUUUCAAGGAACUCCUUUACAUAAGAGUACACUGCGUUAUUCUGGGAGACACCUACUUCUUUACUAAUCGCUUGCAAUUCACUUAUUCUGCCUGAUGUGGCUAAAGCGACUAAAAACAGUCUUCUUCGUUAAAUUCCAUAAUGAAGAAGCAUUAAGAGGCUCGAACUGAGGACUAGAAAUCCAACUCAACACUACGUCCAAGUUCCAGUCGACUACCCUAGACUUAACCACUUUUGAGGACUCAAAAGAUUUAAUAAGGUCACUGAUGUCCUGGUCAUUCGAAACGUCAAAGCCUCUAUGUUUAAAAACAGACAAAAUCAUGGAUCUAUAUCCCUUAAUUGCAGACAUGGACAGCUUUCUAGAAUCUCUCAGAUAUAACAGGAAUUCUGUGAUUUCUGUUAUAGAAGUCCUAGAAGAAGAGAUGCGGUGUUGUCUGCACCACAACCUGAAGACUCAACUUCGACCGGUAGAGCCUGGCAGAAGAGCUUCUACAGCUCGCAAUAGCUUCUGCCGCUCUUCAUGAAAAGCCUUUUGCUCUAACAAGAUUCCUGACAGUCUGAAUCCUGUCGGGGCCAAGCAGAUAAUCCUUGGUGAUACCGAUCGAAGUGGGCUUGUUUAAGCAGAUACAGACUGUGGAAGGAGCCUGGGGAAGUCCACAAGGAGCUUGAGUAGGAAUGAAUGAAUGAAUUUAUAAAAUUUGUGGCCAUUUGCCACACGCUGGAGCCAAAGGCCAUUCAGUGCAUAUAUAUCGACUGGAUAUAUUUACUAAUAAAAGGUACACAUAUAUAAUUAAUCCAAAUUAUUAAUAUCAAAUUCAUAUUAAAAUACUCAAUUAAAUAUCAUAAAAGAAAUGGAUUUCCUUAAGAAAUUUAAAAAUCUCCUCUGCAGGAGCACCCUCUCCUAAAAUAUCUGACAAAGGUUUGUUGGUGAAACCAAACCGACGUCUAUGAUUAAAAUAAAGAGGACAGUCAACAAAUAUAUGCCUCACUGUAAUGCCAACAUUACAAUUGGAGCAUUGAGGAACCUGCCUCUCUGCUCCACUAGUUAAAAGAUACUUGUGUGUUAAAAACGUAUGCCCUAUACGCAGGCGCGUUAAAACUAUACUAGAUCUUCUAUCCAUCCCAACAGAAGGGGACCAGGGAUGAACAGAAGGUCUGAUCGAUUUCAGCUUUAAAUUACUAUUUAAGUUGGACCAGUGAUUCUGCCACUUAGUCCUACAAAAUGAUUUAAUAAAGUUUAAAAUCUUCACAGGGAACCCUCACAGUGGGAAGCCCGGGAGGAAGCUGCCUGCUUAGCGGCUGUAUCGGCCAGCUCAUUACCACGAAUUCCCACAUGCGAGAGAACCCAAAAAAACUUCACACUGAUGUGUUUUCAAGAAUGCAGGAGGACCAGCCAAUCCUGCACCUCCUGAACGAGUUGAUUAGAUGGCAUCAACUUCUGGAGUGCAGCUAGGGAACUCUGGGAAUCACAAUAAAUAAUAUACUAGUCCCCAGUGCUACCUGUACUAAAAAUAAAUUUCAAAAUGCUAAAGAUAGCAUAAAUCUCAGCAUUAAAAAUUGAGAACUUAAUAGGGAGGCUUUUUUUAAUUGUUCUCUCACCGACGAUGGCAGAACAUCCAACUCCAUUUGCUGAUUUUGAUUCAUCUGUAUAUACAGCAAUCAAGUUACUAUGCUCAGAAACAUGGGCCAAGAAGCUACUUUUAAGCUGAACACUUGAGCUGAUCUUUUUGUUGUCUCUAACUUGGCACAUAUCUAAAGGAGGCCUACACCAAGGAGAGAAUUUAGAAAAUGUAAUUUCCAUAACCAGUGGAGGAGUAAGGCCUACCUCUCUCGGACUGAUGUUUAAUCUAACUUCUAGGGGCUUAGGCAAUGUAGGUCUAGUUGGUGCUCUGUCAACAGGAUGUUUUAUAUACUUAAAAUUUGGAUUAGAUUGAGAGGUUAGUGCUCGUGACAAAUAUCGGAGACCCUGUUCCUCCCUCCGAAUGAAAAGAGGAGGAAAACCAAAGUCUACAUGAAGGCUCUCAACAGGGCCUGAGUCUGCAUUAAGGCUCUCAACAGGGCCUGAUAAAUUCUUAAUAAAGCAUUACGGUCAGCUCCAAAAUUCAGGUUACUAACAACUUUAAGAAUGUUGCACCAUUGUUUAACAUUUACUGCAGUCUCAUUUAUAAGUUCAGCAAAAGUCCAUUUUUUGUCAAAAAUAAUUCCUUAAUAUUUGACUAUCUUCAUACAACAAGAUAGAACCUUCUAAAAAUAAGGUUGGAAUCUCUUCCCUUCUUCAUGUUCAACAAAAAUGUAUAGCUUUAGUUUUUUCAGCAGAAAAUUUGAAACCUUUACUAUUAGCCCAGGUAGUAGCAGCAUUAAUUGCAAUCUGAAUUUUAGUACAAGCUUCAACUGCAGUAGCUCUACUACACAUAACAACAUCAUCCGCGAAUGCUUGACCAGUUACUCCAACAGGGAGAUGUUCAAGUAAACCAUUAAUGGCAAUAUUAAAAAAGGUUGGACUAAGCACACUCCCUUGUGGAAUGCCUUCUUCCUGAAGAUACUCUGAUGAGAAGAUAGAGCCUAUUCUAACUUUAAGGUACUGGUCAGACAGGAAGUCUUUGGCAAAAUUAAACAUAUUGCCACCAAUACGCCAUUCAACCAGCUGCAUUAAAAUACCAGCCCUCCAGGUAGUAUCAAAUGCUUUUUCAGAUCAAAGAACACAGCAAUGGUUUGAUUUUGGACUGCAAAAGCAUUCUGAGUCUCACGUGUGAGACAUAAUAAGGAGUCCAAAGUACUUCUAUUCUUGCGGAAGCUGAGACAUAAUGAGUCCAAAGUACUGCUAUUCUUGCGGAAGCCAAAUUGCCUCUUCGACAACAGGCUCUGUUUCUAAGAACCAUAGACGAAAACUCACCAUUUGUUCAUAAAUCUUGACGACGACAGCUGGUAAGAGCAAUAGGCCUAUAACUUUUAGGAUGACUAGGGUCCUUUCCGGGUUUCUAAAAAGGAACUAUAACAGUUUUUCCACAACUUGUAUGAAGUCCCUGAAGACCAGAAUUCGUUUAAAACAAAGACAAAGAAUUUUUUUGACUCCAGAGGUAAAUGAGAAAUCAUUGCAUAAAUAAUAUCAUUUUCUCCAGGUGAUGUUGGAGAGGACAAAGAUAAGGCAUAUUCGAAUUCGACAAUACUAAAUGGAAGGUUAUAUGCCUCAGAAUUAGAACAAACAGGCGGAUUAACUAUAGUCGUGUUUCUAACAUUGCGAAAUUCAGGGGAGUAGUGACUGGGGCUUGAAAUGCUUGAAAAGUGCAGAGCAAAGGCCUCUGCCACCUCUCUUGCAUCCAAUAUAACAACCAAGUUGAUUUUCAAAAUCGGUAAAGGAGAAGGGGAAAAUUUCCCUAGUAAUUAAUGGAUUCUAUCCCAAACUAGAGAAAGUGACGAGUUAUACUUUAAUUCUGAUAUGUACCUAACGAAGGACUCCCUCCUUGCUUCUUUAAAAACUUGCUUUUGUUUGGUGAGGUUUUCUUGCAAAUUAUUCUAUUAACCAAGACAGGACGCCUUCGAUAUCGCUUGUAACUAGCUCUAGCAAUUUUCCUACUCGAGGCACAUUUACUAUUCCACCAAGGUACCAGUGGACGACGGGGUUUCCCUGAUGUUUUAGGAAUUGACGUCAUUGCCCCUGCAAUCAUUACACUAGCGAGAUAUUCAUAGGCAGCCGAGGGGCAAGGAAAUUCAUUGGCCUUACGAUUGACUUUGGUAGAUUUUUCAUAUACGUAGCUGCCAAUCUGCCUCUUUUAUCUUCCAUUUGGGUAAAGAUGGGGAGGGUGUAUUUUGUACAUUCUUAAGAUGGAUGGGAUAGUGGUCGCUCCCAUAGAGAUUUUCAUCCACUGACCACUUACAGUCUAAUCGUAAUGACGACGAACAUAUUGUAAGAUCAAUUGCUGAACUGGAGUUAUGGGCUACAUCAAACCUUGUAGGAGAACCGUCGUUCAUUAAAACUACAUCAUUUCAAUCUAACAAUCUUUCAAUUAUAAGCCCACAGUGAUUACACCUACUUUCCCCACAAAGUAUGUUUUGCAUUGAAAUCCCCCAUCAGAAUGAAAGGCUGGGGUAGUUGGUCUAAAAGUGAUUGCAAAUCUUCAACUUCUAAUUGUCUUGGAUUGCCAGCUCUGUCUACCAAUCGAGUUUCUAGGCCAGGUUCUAGAUAAAGAGAGCACAGAGUGACCCAUUUGUUGAUGAAAAUCUGUGUUGCACAAGCUUGCAGUAUCGAGUCUAAUUGGAUAACUCUUUGUGGUAAUGACUUUGCCGCAAUAAUACAUGUGCCACCAUGAGCACGUUUACCUACAGGUGGUGGAGAUCUGUGAAAAAUAAAGUUCUGUCCGCAGUUAGGAGAAAUAUUACCAAGUUUGGUCUCUUGCAAACAAAGGGCAGCUAAAUUAUAUUCCUUGAAAAGGACCUGGGCCUGUUCUCUGUUUGAAUGGAAACCUCGUAUGUUCCACUGACAUAGAGCCAUUAUUUACUAUUAGAUUUUUUUUUUUUUUUUUUUUUUUAACUUUUUGGACUUGGAAUGGGCUGGUCUGGAAAGAAUUGGUCUUUGUUUUGCAGAGGAACUUGGCAGAUCCUCAAGAGACCUGCUAUUUCCUCUCUUGGGAACCUCACUAUGGUGUGGGGAUAUAGGUGGAGAUGAUGAAGGAGUAUGGGGUCUCUUAUUUCUAAGGGGCACCGUCUCUGCAGCAUGCACUUGAGCCUUAUGAGGUGCACUGAACAAGGUUUCAUUCUGGGACAUACCCAGAUCAGGCAGCGAAGCUAUCUGUGAGGCUUCUACAUCAGAAGCCCGAGAUACCUCCCAGAAGCCCAUAGGAGGCCCAUCGGGAGAGGGCAAAGGAGCCUUCUUGGAUGAAGGUGGAGAUGCUGAAUGUACUUCGAGUUCAGAAGGGGAUAGCUGAAGCUUUGGCUUUGAAGUUGGCAUCCUAGAUUGAUCUUUUCUAUUCGAUUUUCCAAUUUUCACUUCAUCACUACAUUGAGGUCUUGGGAACAAAAGUUUUUGCCUGGCCAAUACGUAGAUGUUCAGCAUGAGCUUUCUCUAUGGCUGCCACUUCAUAUUUAAAUAACUCGCAUUCCUUAUGCCUUGUAUUAUGAUUUCCCUUACAAUUUAUACAUAAUAUUGGAUUAGAACAUUUGCCUUCAUGCUUUUGUAAUGAGCAGGCAGCACAUAACUGGUUUCUAGUACACACCUUGGACAAGUGACCAUAUCCAAAACAUAUGAAGCAUUGGAGUGGUCUAUGCUUAAAAGGUCUAACACGAAAUCUCUCCUUGUCAACUUAUACAUAAUCAGGAACUUGAUCAUUAUUAAAAGUGACAAUAAUCAUUCUUGACCUUGGAACCUUGAAAAUCUUCCACACUUUAUCAUCACACAUUUCCAGCAAUUCCUCGUCAGACAGUUCAUAUAGGUCUUGACUGAAUACCACUCCCUUAGCAUAACUAAAACUAUAGUGUGGUUUGACCUCUUUUAUCAUAUUAGUAUUUUUCAGCUUAAGAGAUCAUGUGACCUUGUCUAUAAGACUUUGGAUGAACCAAAAAAGUGUUCUUUCCAAAUCUAGUAAUAUCAGAGUUGGUUAUUGUUCCUACCAAUGUUCUCAAAUGUUUCCUGAAGUGAAAAAGAUUGCAAAAGUCUGAUUUUGUUGAAACAAUCAGCCAGUUUCCUGACUGAGCCUAGCUGGAUAAAGGGAAUCUACUUCAAUAUUCUGGGGUAUUUUAUGAAUUAAUAUACACUUUAAAUUUUCCUUAGAUGAACACUUGAAAGCAUUCAUGGCAUUCUUAUGAGUAGUAAACUCAAUCCAAACCCUCCAAAAUGCAAAAUCUUCAGUUUCACAAUACUUAAUGACUUUAAUUUCACCAUACCUUCCAAACAUUUCCAUAAAUGCAAAACAAUUUAAAUCUUUAGGAUUGUCCUCGUUCGUGCCAGAGGUCGAAGAGGAGGGUAGUGUCAGGAGGUCGCAUUGUCCGGGGGAGUUUAUUAUAGUCAUUAAUCAUUAAUCCUUCAAGAGAAAUUUGAAAACCCUACUGCAAAUCAGGCAGAAAAGCAAGCCCACCGCACCAACCCCUCUCUCACCAAAGACACUCAGCAGAGACUGACUCCCGUAUGUCCACUCCCUACCCUACCCCAAAGGGAUAACUCUAUCAUAACAUGAGUGGCUCAAGUGUAAGCAAAACCUGCUUGAUAGGACUGAGGGCAUAACUAGUAUGCAAUCAUCCCCAUUCAUGUUACAAUAGAGCGCAAACCGGAAAGAAUGCCGAGAAUCCUACCGUAGAGACUAUACCUCCCCGGAUUCCGCAGGCAAGUCCCCCAUAGGUAGUUCCGCCCCGAUAGAUAUUGGUAUGAAAUCAUAUCAACAUCCUCAGGGUCCAAACAUACACGAGAGGCGGACCAAACCUCUACGGUCUCUGCCAUUUGGAUCAAGAAAGAGCCAAUGUGCAGAAGCCCAGCUCCUGCCCAACUUGUAAGAAGGUUUUAGUGAAGAGGGGGUGGACAGCUAGGUUGAGCAACCGAGUUAAAGAUAGUAGAAGAGUUGAAACAAAAAUUUAAGUAAGAGGGAAACUGAGACUUUUGGAUUCGAACUGGGAGAUAUUUCUCCCAGUUUGAAAGCCCUCUUGCCCGCUAUGCAUUUUCAGCCGUCGGCUGAAAAUGCGUAACUUCGUCAAGGCAGUCUCAAAUCAAGAGGGAGCUUAAGUAGGUCUGGGAACCAUUCUUUCCUGGGCUAGAAAGGGGCCACUAGAGUCAUUGACACAUUUUAAUGAGACUGUAGUUUGUUGAUGACUUCUUUUAACAUUCUGAAAGGGGGGAAAGGCAUAUACGUCGAGGCCCGUCCAGUCCAGCAGCAUUGCAUCUGUUCUCUACAUUAGUGGGUCUGGCACCGGGGAACAGAAAAUCAGGAGAUGAUUGUUUCUUGAGGUGGCAAAGAGAUCUAUCGCUGGCUUCCCCCAUAACUUCCACAGAUUUAGACAUACUCUCUCAUUCAGAGUCCAUUCUGUCGACAGGACCUGAUUUGAGCGGCUCCGUUCAUCUGCUAACAUGUUCAUUCUUCCAGAGGAGGGGAACUUCCGCUACCUUGUUGAGAGAAAAAGUGUGUUCCUCAUUGUUUCUGGACGUACGAUAGUGCCAUGGUGUCUGUGAAGAUUGCUACUUUCUUCCAGCGACUAGAGGAGCAAACGCUUCAAGUCCUAAAAGAAUCGCCUUCAACUCCUUCACAUUUAUGUGUAGGGUUUUCUCCUGCUCUGUCCAAAAACCUGAGGCCCUCCUGUUUCCUAGUAGAGCUCCCCAUCCCUUGUCUGACACGUCUGAGUAGAACUCUAGGUCGGGGUUCGAUGUUACUAGGGAAAGACCUUGGAGUCUCUCCUUCGACACCCACCAACGAAGAUCUGCUUUGGUGUCUUCCAUCAAGGGAAAAACCAGCGAGUUUGGUUGAGUCUUCUAAUUCCAGUUCACUUUUAGGAAGAAUUGGAGAGACCUCACAUGGAGGCAACCUAACAUAAUGAAACCUUCCACUGGAGCAAGGGUUCCUAGGAGGCUCAUCCAAUCCAGUGCUGAACUGUUGAACUAUUGUUAGGCAGGAUUUGGACGUCAGUAGCCAGUCGUCCAAGUAAAAGCUGCAUUGAUUCCCAUCAUUUGUAGCCAUUUCCCUAGAGGAGCAAGAUACGAGUAAAUACUUGGGGAGCUGUCAAUAGUCCAAAGCAGAGGGCUCUCAAUUGGAACACCCUCUUUUUAAUGAUGAAUCUUAGAAAUUUCUUGGACUCUUGAUGAAUUGGGACAUGAAAGUAUGCGUCCUUCAUGUCGAGAGACACCAUCCAGUCACCCGGUUGGAGGGCUGACAUCUCCAACAGACUGGUUUCCAUCUGAAACUUCGUCUUCUGCACGUAAAGGUCCAAUGCACUCAUGUCUAAUAUGGGCCUCCAGCCCCCCGAAGCGUUGGGGACUACGAAAAGUAUGUUGUAGAAACCAGGGGAGUUCUUGUCUAUUGCUUCCUCUAUGGCUUUCUUGUUAAUGAUUGCUUCUACCUCUCUGGCUAAAGCUAAAGCUCUCUCUGAUCCCUUUGAGGGUCUUGUACAAAAGGGAUCACAUACCCUUCUCGCAGCACCUGGGCUACCCAGUGCUCUGCUCCUCUCCAACUCCAUUCCUCCCAAAAAUAAUGGAGUCUUGCCCCUACAGGUGCGUGAAGGACCUCUUGAUGACUUAUCUGACUGCUUGAAGGAAGGUUUCUUGGUGGACUUUGCUGGCAUGCGCGAGGUAGUCCUCGGCCUAUUCUGCUACCUAGUUUUGCUGCCUUGAAAAGGGUUGCUUCUGCAGAGGGGAAGCCUUAGUUCCUGUGACAGGGGGAUCCUUGGGGCGUCUCGCUGACUUUGUUAACAGAUUGUUCAUCGAUUUCUUCUCCAGGUCCGACAACACCUGUUGAAUUGUCUGUUCUGGAAACAGGUGGGACUUACUUGGGAGACAACAUCAAAGAAGACUUUUGGUUCGUUGUAACUCCCCUGGACGCAAAAGAACACCACAGCUCUCUCUUUUUAAGGAUCCCCAUUGUGAAAAGUACAGCAAGCUCACCCAAUCCAUCUCUCACCACUUUGUCCACGCAGGACAAAUCGUUAAGCCAGUCCGACAACUCCUUUUCUAGGGACUGACACUAUCUUCCUGGCUAAUGCAGCAAUAGUCCAGUCUAGAAAACUGAAUACUUCGAUCACCUUAAACAAGUUGUAUACCAGGUGAUCAAAAUUGGGCAAAGAGAACAUUAUCUUUGCAGCUGAAAAAGCUGCUCUUCUGUUUGCAUCCACUAGACCUGAGAAGUCCCCUUGAGAGGAGGCAGAAACUCCCAAAGAAGGAACUUCUCCCAUCACGUAGAACCUAUAUGUCUUGUUCUGUAAUUUCAAAGCAAAGAGGGAUAGGCGAAAGAGGCCUGGCCUAACUCCUGCUUUUUAGACAGCCACUCAUCUGCUUCUCUGAAUACUCUCUUUGCUGACUGAGACAGAACCAGUUUUGGCAAUCCUGAAGACGGCACCUUUCUAUCCUUCACAAACAUUGAUGGUGGGGACAAAGGUGAAGCUGGUUCAAAACAGUAAAAACCUCAACAAAGUGGAAUAAGCUGAAGAAGAUUUCGACUCUUGAUCUUGAGCUUAGUCCUGUGAAAGAACCGACAAUACACCAUCUUCCUUUCCUUGAGGGGCCGUCGCUUUCUUCAAGAACCCCUUAAGUUCUUAGAGCUGCUGCUUGAAAGGUCCAAACGGUGAAUCAUCUCCUGGAUUGCUGGUCUUUGGGAAUUCUGAAAUUGUUGUCGAAGCCGUCGCUGUCGAUCGGCUUUUCUUUGAAGACGAUCGGUUAGUAGGAAAACGCUGUGAGCCACGGGAGUCGAACGAGUCAAAACUACUUUCGACAUGUUGCGAGGAGAGUUGAGAUCGCAAGCGAAAAUGCUGCUCAGUGCGUGAACACUUGCGUCAGUCGGGACCACACUCUGUCGACGGAUGAAACUCCUGAAAAUCUUGUGCAGGCACCAAACUGCAGGAUGGCUGGGACUCCACUGCUCUCUUGACUUCUUCACUGGCAGAGUUGUACAGUCCGCAAAAGCAGCAUGUCUCUUUGACGGAUGUAACACUGAACCACUCCACGCUUUUUGCCUUGUCAGGCGACGGCACUUCCAAAUCAGAUGAAAACUGUACCUCACUCACAUCUACGCCUUUCCAGCAGCGUUUAGUCGACAACCGCGAGUCAACAAGAUCGAUGGAGUCGGCAACUGCCUGUGGGCAAACCCCUCUAGCAGUCUCCCUUCGACCUCUGGUAUGUCUUCUCCCGGGUUUGGGGGAGCAGGACAGUGACCUUCGUCUAGGAGAAAUGGGGAGACGGACAGCUGCCUCCUUGGACACAACACUGACAUCUUGCACAGCACUGGACUUUUCACUAGCACUUGACUUCUCCACAAACGUGUGGAAAGACAAACCUAAAUCCAUUAUGGAUUUAGCCAAAAUCUCAAACUUUUGUCCAUUUUGGACUCUAAAUUGGCAAUGGUGUUAGGAUUGGAAGCAAGGGCUACCUGGACUGGAGUUAUUGGCAGUGAAGUAGGAGGACUAUCAAUUGGAGAAAUGUUAGACAAAAGAGGGGAAGAAAGAGAAAGCGUCUUUGCCUCUAAAGGCAAAGGAGUUUGUCUCAAUACUAGGCUUACUACCAGCUCUAAUAGCUGCUUUCCUCUUCCUAUCUUUCUCCAUCUUUUCUAAAUGAGUUUUCCACCCCUGCUCAUCUAAAUCCUGGCACUGCACAAGUUAAACCUUUACUACAGCAUUGUUCCCUACACUUAACACACUUGGAGUGUGGAUUGUAACAAAACUUAGCCAUUCUUGCUUUGUAGCCAUGGCUGCAAAACCUAACUGAUGACGAACUAGAGUCCGACGUACUAGGCUAAACUCCUAGCUAAUUGAAAGAUAAUGAAGCAUCUAACUGACAAAAAACAAAAGAAAUUUGUUCUUCGCUAAAUAUGAUACAAAAUCCAAUAUGGUGAUGACAGUUGACUGCAAAGAAAACCCACAGGUGUUAUUCCGUGUGCGGCAGAAAACGAAUUGACGGUAGUUAGCUCAGCAGUACCAGGGGUUCCCGAAAGUGGGUGGGACUUGUAUUACCUACACAAAUGAUGGCAGCUCUGCCGUUGCCAGGAAAUUUGAAUUUUCGACUGCCAGGUAAGAAAGCUUACAGCUUUGUAAUUGUUUGGUAAGUCACUUAUGGGAAACUGGAAGUGAGGUUGUCUGAGUAGCUGCCUCUUUAGAGAAAGCAGCCUCAGGAAGUGCACUAGAAGGUCUGCGAGACUGGGGAACUAUUCCUUCGAUGGCCAGAAAGGGGCUACCAAAAUCAUUUGAGAUGUUGCUGUGCAAAAGAUACUUUUUGAUCACUUGCCUUAUCAAGUUGAAUGGGGGAAAGGCAUACAGAUCUUCGUUCAACCAGUCUAGAAGAAAGGCUUCCACUGCCCAAGCCUGUAGGUCUGGAACUGGCAAACAAUACAGAGGGAGAUGAUGGUUUCGAGAAGUGGUGAACAUAUAACCAUCAGUUUUCCCCCCACAAUUUCCAAAGGUCCUGGCAGACCAGAGGAUCCAGGGUCCAUUCUGUCAACAGGACCUGCUUCCGACAGCCAGUUUGUCUGCCAGAACAUUGAGCUUCCCUUGGACGAAUCUGGUGACUGAUUGAGUGUUGUUCUGGUCUGCCCAGAGGAGGAGGCUCUUGCCACCUUGUACUACAGAGCAAAAGACAAGUCUCCCCUUGCUUCCUUAGGCACGAGAGAGUGGUCAUGUUGUCUGUGUAAACUGCACCAUUUUGUUCUUCACGUCUGUUGCAAAGGACUGAAGGCAUAAAUGUAUUGCUUUUAGCUCCUUCACAUUUGUAUGCAAUAUGCAAGGACUUUUGCUCUGGCGACCAAAUUCCUGGAACUUCCUUCUUCUCCAAAAGAGCUCCCUAUCCCAGGUCUGACGCAUCUGAGAAGAAAUUCAGGUCAGGACUCAACUGCAAAAGAGACCUGCCCUCCAACAGUUUCUUCUCCGACUUCCACCAAAGGAGAUCCGCCUUUGUUUCUCGAGUCACGGAAAUGAGAGUCUACAAGCACCUUCCUGUUCCACCUCACCUUCAAGAACUGCAGGGGCUUGAGAUGAAGUCUGCCGAGAGAGAUGAACUGUUCUAUCGACGAUAGAAAGCCCAAAAGACUUUGCCAACUGUUGGCUGAACAUUCGUCCAAAGAAAGAAUCUUAUGUACUUUUGUCAGGCAUGAUUCCAUCUUUUUUGGGGUCAGAAAAACCUGAAAAUCCUGAGACACUAUAUCAUUCCUAAAUAUUGAAUCUUCAGAAUGGGAAUCAGUUGUGAUUUCUGGGGAUUACAAGGACUCCUAAUUCUUGAAUUAACAGGAGUCUUCCUGAGGUCCUCCGUGCACAUACUCUCUCUGACUGGACUCUGAUAGGCCAAUCGUCUAAAUACAAGGAAAAACUUACAUAAAAAUACCUUUUAAUAUAACUUCUAACCCCAAUAAAAUUCUUUUUAAUAUAACUUCUAACCCAGAUGAAAAUAUGGAUGUACGGCUAAGAAAAGUAUCAGGAGUGUCAAAGUAAAUUAUAGGCCAUAUUAUAUGUAAGUUGACAGUCAAGUCUGCCUCUGCUGCCAUGCUGUUUUCGUCAGUGUUCUUCAAUACUAAAUGAUUCUUAACCCUCCCCUUUUAAAGAUUUGUGGUUGUAGUUUCCCUCCUACUCUACUUACAUUUUCCAUUCGAAUUUAUCUUUAGGCCUGAAGUAAUCAAAAGAAUUGUUACAAAAACUAAUUGACCUAAUUACAACCUUAAAGUUCACUGGAAAUGUGUCAAUGAUCAAAAUAGCAGGCAGCCUGAAUAAAACUAAGUUUUUCUUGUAUUACUUAUAAUGAGUCCUGUACCAUUAAGUACUGUAUGUUUGUUUGCCUGGUUUGGAAACUGUUAAAUGUGUAUGACUGGCCACCUACAAUUUUAUUAGGAAGUCUUUUGUUCAGAAAAGGUACAGCAUCCUCACCACCUAAUGUCUUUAUAUACUGUUGUUCAUGAAGCUGUACAGUAUUUUAUUUCAUGUCAAUAUUAAAGUUCUCAUGAAAGGUAUAUAAUCUAGUUAUGUUUUUGGUUUCAUUAAUACAUUUCUAUUGAAUUCUCUGGUUUUAUGCUUUCUAUAACUUUAUAUGCAUUAAUUUCACUGCUGGAAAACCCUGUUUUGUAUCUGUGAUAUUUACGCAUUUUCAUAACUAUUUCAUCUUUUAUUUUAUAUAAUUUUUUUUUCAUAUUACUGUUUUUGUUAGUUGUUUAAGUUUAUAAAUUGUAUUCAUGCCUAUAUUAUUUAAAAUGAAAUAAAGUUAUACAUAUACUAUUGUACAUAUAUCGUAUCUCAAAUAAAAUGUCGAACUGUAUCUCAAGCAAGCUUUCUUCAACUCAAUUUUUUAUCAAAGAAAUUUGAAAAUAUUGUAUAAGCAAGCAUUGUAUCACUGUCUCAAGAAAAAAAAAAAACAGAAAUAAAUACUAUGACCUUAUAAAGAUACACAAUUAAUAUGGUGAAAUAAUAGUUGGUGUGUUACAACUACAGCUGAAGUUCAGUUAUUUGUCAUCUGGUUUUUUGGCAAACCUCAUUUCUUGCAAUUUUCAGAAAUGGUACUGUUAUGUAUUAAGUUAUUUAAUUAUCCAUCACAUUUCAAUUGGUUCAGCAUCCAACUAACACUUUCCAAAUAGUUCAGCAUCCAACUUAAUCUCUGGAGGAGCUAACCAAGACCAAUCAACCAUCUUGAAUGAGUGACAUCACAGGAUUGGAGACUUGACUCAUACCAUGAGAUUUGCUGGUUAGUCAUCAGCUGUAUGGGGUUAAUGGCAGAGUGAAUAAAGCAUCUAAAUGUAAAUUCAAUUACAUGAGAAAAAGAAAUUUAAAACUUUCCUUGGUAUAAAAGCAUAACUCCGAAUCAGGUCAGAGGUCGUUGGGGAAAGAAUUGACAAAACCACAGUCACAGGAUGCGUGAAGGCUAGGUAAGCAAAACAACAAACAUACGAACGACAACCUUCUGGGAUGGGAACCUACUUUUGGCUCUCAUGAGAACUUUUAACGAUGACUAAUGUUAACCUAAAAAGAGGUGUUUGUUCGCACACACGUAUCUUUUGUUAGGUUUGCUAACCUAUUGGAUUGUAAAUCACUCUGAGAUCACUCACCUCUUCUUCUCCCUU